AAAAGGGAUACAAUGGAAACCUCGUCGAAGGAGAACUCCUCGGAGGCCGAGCAGCCGGAGGAUGGGCGCCCAGCCAAGUCGGAUUCGGACACGGAGCCCAACAAAAUCUCGCGUUUGCUGCGAACGGAAUUCGAUGCCAAAUACCAGAUUGUAAACCUCCCGACGCCGCUCAAUGCCUUCAUGUCGGGUCACUACAAGCUGAGCUUCGCCUUCCACACCCUCCGGAGUCGCCUGCCCGUGAUCCUGACCAACGUGAUAGACACCCUGACGCGGGACAAGACGGAGCUAGUGGCUCAGUUCGCCUCCAAUGAAUUCGCACAGGCAGCGCGGGAGGAGCUCAAGAUCAUCAUUGGACUGAUCUCCAGGCUGAAGUACGAGCUGCAGACGGACAAACCGUUUCACAAUUUCACGGGAGAAGAACCCGAUCGAGAACUCUGGAACAACUUCAUCAGCCUCCUGCCCGAUGGCGAGCGCUCCUUCUACCGGGCCAGCUCCCUCCAUGCCGAGUGCUAUUUGCAUCGCAAACUCCAAUCCUUUCUGGAGAACAGCAUCUUCCUAAAGUCCUACGAUUACUUUGGCAAAAUCAAAGAACAAUCGCUGACCGACAACAUGGAAGAUGUUCUGGCCCUGACCAAAUACACUCGGCGAUCGGAGAAUAAUCUCGAAGUCUUCGACGAGCUGCUCAGGAUCAACAUGUGGAGCAACAGCAACGAUGUGGCCUGCGAUGGGGAAAUAGUCAAGCAAACAAACCGCCAGGUGCUGGAGAAUCUAUCGACCACCGAUGAGCAUGUACUCGUUAACCAGGCGACGGAAAUCUGGAGGUGCCUGGACAAUCCAAAGCCAAAGAAACAGAAGCAGGUGGACUUUAUACUGGACAAUGCGGGCUACGAGCUGUUUAGCGACUUUAUCCUAGCGGAGUUCAUGAUCGAGAAGGGACUGGCCACCAAGGUGCGCUUCCAUGUGAAGGCUCAUCCCUGGUUUGUCACCGACGUCACGGAGCGGGAUUUCAAGUGGACACUGGAGUAUCUGAGUCAGCAUGCGGACUACAUUAUAAGUCUGAUAGGCAAGAAGUUUCUGCAGUUCCUCGACGAGGGAAAGUUCGAGCUGGCACCAAUCUCACAUUUCUGGACAUCGCCACAUGCUUUUUACAGCAUGGCUCAGACGGAUCCAGAUUUAUACAGCUCCCUGCAGUCGUCCAGGCUUGUGGUUUUCAAGGGAGAGCUCAACUAUCGCAAGCUGCUGCAGGACGUUUGCUGGAACACCACCCAGGAAUUGAGCACCUGCCUGCGUGGCUUCCUGCCCAGCAAUAUUUGUGUGCUGCGCAGGAUCAAGAGCGAAGUCAUCUCUGGUCUGCCCGAGGGCGUUGGUCAGGCGCUGAGCAGGAAGGAUCCACGCUGGAUGGUCUCGGGCAGCUAUGGGGUCAUCCAGUUUGUGGACGGAACGCGUGAAUUUGGAUACUAACAUUGUAAAGGCUGGACAGUUUAAAUUAUUGGUAAUAAAUAGUCGUUACAUACCAUAGAAACCAAA